UACAUGAGCAUUACCAUGGAUAUAAUAGUAUAUAUAGAUUCAUAGCUUACUUACCCCAUUUUAUUAUACCGUUACUUUAGUAAAAUAAUACUGUCAUCGCUCUUACUUCGUACAUUUUAGAAAAUUGCACCACUGAUUGCAUAGAUUGUAUACAAUCGUGUUUUAUACGAAGUAACGCCGACCGUGUUUUACCGAAUAGCAUUAUUAGAAUAUCCAGAUAAGCAUCAUAUUUGACAUCUGAUUGAAUUGAAAUAAAUUUUAAAUGAGAAAUAUUGAUUGUAUCAAUUAAAAAAUGCAUCUACAUUUACGUUAUCGAUAAACUAUUCUGAAUAUUCUUAAUGCAAAUUUUGCUAUGAUAGUUUGGCAGCUAUUCGUUUAGUCGAAAUGGUGAUUCAAAAGAAUUGGAAUAACGUUGAAGCGUCCCACCAGAGUUCUGCCGCGGCGAAUUCUUCAAGUAGCUCAUGGAAUUUCCCGGCGCCUGCCAAAUCAACAACAAUUACGGUUCGAGUCAACGAGACUAACAAUAUGCAGAAGCAACCCAUUACUCGACAAAUUGCAAUAAAUACAUUAGCAGCUAUGCACAGAAGAUUCAGCCUGCCUGGACCAGUACAGCCACACUCGAGACCAAUAGCUGAGUUUCGAGCAAGUGCAAACAAAUCAUUGGACAUGUUACGUCAGACGAUACAGUCAGCUGUUACUCGGGAGAUUGAUCAAGUUAUUAAAAAAUAUUUGGAAAAAUUUUUUGUUCCUGCUGUUAAUAAUAUAAGACUGAAUUUGGGCGACGAAUCAGUGAGCGAAGAUCAGGUCCGUGCAGUCUGCCGUGCUAUGUUGGAUGCUACUCGUCUUUUGUAUACUACACCACCAAGACCUGCACCAUCACCAUAUGAAACUAGUGACUCUGAGUCUAGCAACAGUACUGACUCCAAGUUUGCAAAGCAGAAUAAUAGUCCAUCACAGACUAAACGUAAAGAAUCAGAACAAGAUAUUGAUUUGUGCAUUAAACGUAAGAAGGUAAAACAAGAAGAGAACACAGAUAGUGCUUCAUCAUCACCUUUACCAUCACCGGCUAUAAGAGAUCCUGAAAAGUGGAAUCCAACAAGACUAACGCAAGACACAUUGUUUAUUAUGGGAUCUCAUGCUCAUAAAGUUUUAGGAUUGGGCAACUCCCGUGGUCGUUUGUAUACACGGCAUGCUGGUUUACUCAGAUAUCCUGCAGAUACUGCUGAUAAAGAAUGGAUAGCGAGUCACAAUUUGGUAAAUGCUGUUGGUGGAAAAACUUACAUUAUGGUAUUAGAAGAUAUAGAAGAGCUUGCAAAUAGUGAUGCCUACAGGCAUAGUUCAUUACCAAUGCUUGGCGAGCUAACAGGGUUUAAAGUACCACCAUUUAUGUUGAGGAAAAUUAAAACCUAUGUUCUGAAAAGAGCUUUAAGUGGUGACAAUGUGGACAGUCCUCAACCUUCUACUAGUACUGUGCAUGAUGACAAAUUAAAUGAAGAUAUUAAGUUGGAACCUCUUGAUGAGAAUUAUGAUAGUAACUUUAAUACGAGCCAAUACAUAAAUACUGACAACACAAGAGAUUUCUCAGAAGUAUCAAACAUGAUUAAAGAAGAUACAGACUUUGCUGAUAUUAAAGUUGAAGACAUUGAUGAUAUAAAAAUGGAUGGGAUUAAAGUCGAAGAUUUGGAUGAAAUAAAAGUUGAUGGUAUUAAAGUAGAAGAUUUGGACGUGAGUGCUAUCAAAGUUGAAAAUAUUGAUGACAUAAAUGUUGAAGCAAUUAAAGUUGAAGAUAUAAAGUUAGAGAAUGAUGAUGCGUUUUUAUGUAAACAGACUGAAGAUGAACAAAGCAACUUGGUUGAUGGGUUGCUUGAUGCAGAUAUUGAGUUUUUAAGCCGAAACUUGGGUAACAUUGAGAGUGAUGCUGAUGCUAGGAAGACUAUUGAGAAACUAACUGGAGCAAAUCCUGAUACUAUAACAUUAGUUGGUGAUGAAUUUGACUUGGGGACAACAUUGAACACUAAUAAUUUUUCAAGCAACCAAACAACAAAGUGCAUUACUGUAGCAUCAACUACCAGUGGAAUGGUACAUAGUGUACCGGUAGCACACUUGGCCGCGCCACCACGUCUCACGGGCGGCACAUUGCAUUAUUAUACAAGCCACACGAGCCACGCUAAUCAAGUUAACCACCCGGGCCACGUGAGCCAUGCCAGUCCUACCGCCCCGUCACCAGCCACGCAGCGCACAGUGCAUCAUUUGCCGCAGGCCACUGUAACUAUACAGAGCAUUCCCGGCUCUACAUCACAGAUGAUUCGCGGGAUUCCAAUCAACACAAAAACCGGUACAUUUAGUACAGUGAUGUCCCAAGGUACAGCAAGCACUAUAAUAGGCUUCGGAACGAGAACGUCCAACGCCACUAUCAUCGGUACUCCACAGUAUGUCAAUGUCUCCUCAAAAUCAUUCCCUACGGGUAAUAUACUACAUAACGCGAUCGUUUCCCGAAACAUUCUCAACCGUGCCAACCUGACAGCAGUCACUUCUGGAGUCUCAUUCAAUGUUACUGCUGUUCGACCAAUCUCGCAAACAACUACCCCAAAAAUCAGUACAGUUGUAACAGCCAGUUCGAGCGACUUCGACAACAUAUCCACAACUAAGGAUAUGAUUGAUAACGCAUGCAAUUCAUCUGUGAUGUUGAAAAAAGUGCUUACCCUUGGUAGUGCAGGAGCUGCUAAAUCUUUUAUGAUGCAUAACACCCAAAAGGUGUUGUCGACUGGUUUCGCUAACGGUGUCACGCCGCCUCCAAACGUGACUAUUGUCAGUUCAGGCACUAGCGGUGGUUUGCUUAGCAACGCCAAUGUUGGCCAUUCGACUUCCAACAUUGUAAGCCCAACAUCUGGUACUUUAAGUGCUACACACGCGACAUUGUCUGCCUUAUUGGCGUCAAAUGAUGGAAGUGCUCAGCCGACCAAAAAUUAAAUCAUCCCAUUUCCAUAGUCCUUAUGAAUGUUGAUCUCAUUAUUAGAUAAUUUUAAGUUGACUUACAUUUUCUGUUUUCUUAUGGUAUAUAAUGGUAAUCUGAAUUUGGUGUCAUAGGUUUAGAAUGUGCCAAAAUAAUUCUAAAAAUAUUAAAGACUCGAUGUUAUAGUUGUACUGAAUAGUGUACCUGGAAAUAUAAAUUUUUAUCCAAUUUUAUCCUUUGAAAUAGUUGUAGCGCGUAUAUGUGAAACAUAAUUAUUGUAGGUAUUUAUUAAGUUUUUUUUACGUUUUUGUGCAAAAUAUUAGAUAAGUGACAAUCGCUUUAUCAAUGGCUGAACGGGAUGUGUUAAAAAUACUUUGUUUAGAUUUUUACCUGCCUCGAAUAUUAGUUUUUUUACAUUUUGCCUGGUUAUUUGCGAUGUAUUUAAACGUACAACUAUUGUGUUGUUACGUCAUGACCGAAAAAAGAAGUUUUGAAAAAGGUUUUUUAUUCGCUCCGUUCUAUGUUUAGGAUCGUUCAUUCUGAUAUAUCUAGUACUCUAUUGUACUAUCGUAUAUUUAAAUUGGACACGUAUUGUUUAAAGAAUUUACUAAACUAACUUAAACUUAGGUAUUAAACUGAUAUAUUCUUAUUACACAAUGUUUAUGACUUACAUGGCUGUGUAUAAAACUUGCCUAUAUAGUAUAAUAUUGGAUCUCGUCUUAUUGUUAUUACUUAGCACUUUGUUGACUGAGUCCUUAUGAAACAAUUAUUGUAUUAUUUGAUGUUUUUUUUUAUUUUUUAAUUUUCGAUUAAAUUAGAAAUGUUUUAGCAUGUCUCUGUUUGUGUUAAACCUGGCAUGAUAGGUAUAACUAAUUUAAUAAUCGGUAAAAUGAAUAAUUUUAUACUGAUAAUUGUUUGUGUGGAAAUAGAAAAAUAACCACCAAGUCACCGGAACUGAAUAACUCAAUUUUAAAUAGAGAAAAGACCUUAAUGGUUUUUUUUUCAUGUUCUUUUGAUAUAAAUAUAUUUUUUUAAUUUUAUUAUACAUACUAUUUUUUGACUGCACUUCUAUUAUACUGUGUUCAAUACUUCGAAUAUGAAUGCGAUUGUAGUGAUUUUGAGCUGUGUGUAGUUUCUAGUAAAGUCUUAAAUAAUAUAGAUAUAAAUAGCAGUUAGUGUGUCCACCGAAUCUUAAGGUGUUAAAUGCGCCAUAUAUGUAUAUAUAUUUGUUGUUGUGUGCAUUGAAGCAUAAAUAAGUAAAUAGUUUCAAAUGUAAAUGUAUGUCGUCAAUGAAACGGCAACUUCAACUACAUAUACGAAGCUCGUAAGACGAAAUGCUUUUAGCUUUAUAUUUUUUUUCCAAAAUAUGGUCAUGUAUUUUAUGUUAAUUUAUUUAAAAAAUAGUAUAAUUAUGUAUAGUUGUAUACGCUAAGCGCUUUUUGUGUUCAAUUAUUGUUUUUCAUUAAUAUUUUAGGCAUUAUUUAUUGUUUGCUGUUACCAAAAAGUUUGCAAUGUGUUUAUUAAUUAAAAUCGUUUAAAUAAUGAAUUCCUCAGAAAAUAAUUACAGUGUUAAUGCGCUGCAAUGCUUUUAUAUAUUGAUGUUAGAUACAUAUAGUUGUUCGAUGCAAUAAUAAACUGUGGAUAUUGUCACGGAUUAUCGUUAGUUUCUGAACGGUAGCAAAAUUAUACAAGUAUAGUGCGACCAACUUAUCUGUUGGCGAAAAUGGUUAUAUAUAAUAGCAAUCUGUGUUUUAUAAUUUGCAUAUUUAGUAAAUGGACUUUGGAUGUCUUUUUAUUAAAAUAAUAGUCCAUAAAAUAAGCUAUAUUAAAAAGAAUUCUGUGUUAACUGAUACGAAAUAAAUUAUUUGAUAGAUUGGUAUGGACUAUUGCAUGUUAUUUUUUUUGCUGAUCUAUAGUAAUAAAAAUACAAUUUAUAUUAUUUUUUAAAUAAUGACAGCUAAAAAAUACAUUAUAUAAACAUUCUGAUAAAAAAGAAAUCAGUUUAAAAAAUACUUCUGUCAUCGUAUUUUUUGUUAUAGAGGUGCCAUGCAAGAGUAUCUACUGUCUACUUUACGGUAAAAACUUAUCUAAGGACGCCUACAGUAUUUUAUAAAAUAUUCUAUCUUUUAAUUUAAUAACAGUAUUUUAAACGAAAUUUAUGGACAUUAAUGACAGACAGUACUAAAAAUAAGACUUGAACAUGUUUAAAUUUUUGCCAAUAGGCAAUAGUUGGUCGCACUGUAGAAUUUUUAUUGUAUGUAGCCAACAUACACUGCUUUUGCAUGACAAAUGAACAUUUUAUGUGAUUUUUAUACAGUUGCAUUGCCGAAUCUCACCUGUAUGAUUUAAUCGCUUGCUUAAAGUGCAAUUAGUGGCUUUAUUUUUAACUAAUUAGCUUGCAAUAUGUAUGCAAUAAGUAUUCAAAAUUUUUUACUUAGCUUUUUAGUUAUUAUUAUAUGCUUAGCUUUAACGUAUUUAGAAAAUUAGAGGAUUUAAAAUUAAAAUAUUUUUAUAGCUCAAUAUUGACAACGCGACCACUUGAAGGAUUAAAAAAACCUGAUGUAGUACCUUUCACUGCUGUGGAAAUAAUAAAAUUAUUAUAUUUUAAUAAAUUUUAUUUUAACUUAUAGCAUCAUUGAUUGAGAUCCUUAUUUCUUUUUAUUUAUUUAAAAUUAUUAUUAUAUUAAAUUGUUCACUUCAUUUACAGUUUCCUAAACCUGUAGUGAGCUAUAGGUUCGUUUUACAAACUUAAAAGUUUUAAAGAACAUUAACUUAAUUAAUUUGUCAUUGAAAAUAUUAGUAUCUUUGUUUUAUUUUUUGAGGUACUUAAAUGAUAAUAGAUUAUUGACAAAUUUGAUUACGGCGUCACUCUAUUGAUAUUAUUUGCUUAUAAUAAAUAGGUCACUAGUGUUGCUUACGAUUUUAUGCGAUUUUGUAUGAUAAUUUGUAUAUCAGUGGAAAUUAUAUAUUUAUAUAUGCAGACGCUUAAUAUGCCGUGCUGUCCACAAUAUUGAAAUGUAAAACCGUUUCCGUAUAAUUGCAUUCAUUUUGCUCUCUUGUUACAUCGUCAUGAUUGUAAAAUUGACGAUAUCAUGCCAUGAUAUGGUAAAUUGUGAAAGCACGAUUAGCAGUUUAAAUGUGAAAGAAAAACUAGACUUCUUAAAUGUAAAAUGCGUCACUUUCAUUGUUUAUGGUACUUAGUACGUAAACAACUUGGGUACAAAUCAAUAGUAAAACACUACUUAAAAAUAAGUAUCUACUUACUCAAAAUGUAUAUUAUUUCACUUUUUUUAAGUUACGUAGUGUUCUGAAAAUGUAGAGAAUUUAGUUUGAAAAUAAUAGUAAAGCACAGUUGAGAUGAAGUCUUCCGUUUUCGUUUUCGCUGUGUCAUAUUUUUGGACAUGCUAUUUUAGAGAACAUUGCAUGUAUCCAUGUAGUUUUCAGUCGUACUAGAUAUGAAAAGAUGUAAUUAUUAUUUUUUAUUGUACUCAAUUGAACAUGUUCUAAUUAGAGUAUUUCUUCUAAAAAAUUGACAAUGAGAUGCACUUCUACAUGAUUUAAAACGUAUUUAUUAUGAGGUCUUGUAGAAUGUUUUUAUGGUAAUUGUUAUAAUGGUUUGUGUUAUGUUUUUAUCUUAUAAAGUGUUAAUGCCUACUUCUACUUAUUGCAUCAUUCCGGUUCGCUCUUUAAAAAGAGGCCACCGAACCGUCUCUAGUAACCCAUAUCGAGCUAAACUAUUUUAACGACGCUUAAAAUAGUUCGGCUUGAUAGCAUUCGAUUGAAUGGGUCAUCACGACUUAAAAAUAUUAAAUUAGCUUGAAAAAAUAUGUAUAAUAGUAUAUUUUAGUACUAGAAUUUGAAGUAAAUAUAUAAAUAUUCGACCAUUUCUUAGGAUCGAAUAAACUAUUUUUGUCCAACCACUAUUAUGAGUAAGGCAAGCGUUUCUGAAUUUUGUUAAAAAUAUUUGCUAUGUACCUGAUUUUUGUUCUCUGUUUUGUUUGUCUUUUUUUGACUAAUUCCCUUGUCGUUUUCAUGAUGGGGGUCAUUUUCAUGUAUUUUAUUACGCAAAUACAUCGUUGAAAAAGCCAUCUCGUCGUGGCACGUUGCUAAUAAACCGAGAUGCUGCUUAUCUCCUCACUAAUGUGCGCUAUGAAAAUUUUACAUAAUGUCCCUCAUUGUUAAUGUGUUUAGGAAUGAUUAUAUUUACAUACCUCCGCACAGGGAAUAUUACUUUCUUUUCACAAAUAUUUUUGUUUGCGCUUGCUUCAAACUAAGAUUCGAUAGUUUUGACAAUUUGCUUCACAAGUGGCAAAAAUUAUAAUAUAUCCAUUUUCACUUCAUUUUCAUUAUAGACUGGAAUGUGUUACUCAUGUCUCUGGCUUCAGCCAUUAUGUAUCUAUUUAUAUAAAAAAUAUUUAUGCCUGUUGUAGAAAUAUUUAUUAAAUGGUAGAUAUUUAAAUGAUAUGUCAUUUAACAAAAUAAUCGUUGCUAUUAUUAAACGUACAUUUUAUUUUAAAGUAGCAACCAUUAAUUUUCUUUCCCCGGGGCGUGUAGGCUAUUACGGGUGUCAGUUUAACAGAAGAUCAAUUUAUUUAUUUGUUUUUAUUUUAAAUAUACGCAUUCUAUAUAUUAAUACAGUAUAGUGUUCUUUGUUAUUGCAUUCUUCCAAAACACAUUUUUACCUAACUUGAAAGGUAAGGACUUUACACGUCGGUGUACAAUUUACGUCAACAGUUGUUAUUAUAAAUAGUUCUUUGUAUAUAUAUACUGUUUAUUUAAGCUAUAAUAUAUAUAUCUUCAUUUUUAUUUUGAAAAUCAUCUUAAGAUUUUUAUACUUAAUUACUCGUUCUACAACCAUUAACAUUUAAAACAUUUUUCUAUAUAUGUUCAUUAUAGUGAAAUAAUUAAACCAUGUGAGAUUUACCAGUAAUGAUUUAAAAUAUUGUAUAACAUUUUUAAUGUAAUGUAAAAUUUAUUGAAAAAAGUAUACACUUGUAAAAGUAUUUACUGAAAAUGUUCGAUAAGUAGGUAUUUUAUUUUUUUAAAUAAUCUUAACUAAUUGUUCUCAGACUGUGGCUGUGUAUUCAAAGGGUUGUUUUAACUAUUACAUAUUAAUAUCCCACUCAUAUUAUUAAAGUUAGUUACUGAAAUAGCUACUGAUUGUUAGGCUGAGAUGUGAAACAAAAUGUUUAAAAUAUUUAAUUUAAGAGUUGUAUUGUAUUGAAUUAUCAAUCUAUUGUGAAUAGAGUGUCUUGUAACUUCAUAAAUGUGAUGGGGAUUCUUUUAAGUUUUCCCAAAAAGAAAAAAAAUUGUUUUAAUCGUUUUAUGGCGAUAAGUAUGGAAACAAAUAUAUAAAUAAUUAAUCUCAAAUAACAAGUAAAGACGUUAGAACAAAUAAAAAUUAAUUAUGUUGAUCAAUAGUGUAUUUUAAAAUAUAUAAAUACUCUAAGGUUUCAAACUCUGUAAAAGCCAGACAAAAUGGAAUAAGAGAGCUCUCCUAGACUACAAGCUAAUCCAACAAUUUUAAUAAGAAGGCGGCUUUGUUUAUUUAUUUUGUGUAAAUUUGUUAUACCGUGUUUGUAUUUUAAACUGCACUUGGUUUUUAUAGAUGUUAGUGUUAUUUACCAAUAAAUCAAAAUGAAAUGUUAUUUUGAUAUCACUAACAGUUUUAUUGCGGUCCUUGGAAACCGCAAAAUUUUACUUCCAAAGCGAUCUACGUUUAAUGAAACUUCAAUAGAUACACUAAGUAAACCUAUGAACAUUUGUUGUGAUUAUAUUAGGUUCAUAUUUCCAUUCCCGUAUUGUCUGCGUACUGUAACAUUUAAUAGACUCUCUUUGGCAAGAAUUGUUGCGUCAAAUUUUGUUGUUUUUAUUAUUUAUCAGUUUACUUACAUAUAUGACAUUAUUUCAACACACCCGACAUAAAUGCAAACGAUAAAACAGUUGUAAAACGAGCCGUAUAGUAAAAUCAUUUUAUGGCUACGCUUUUAUCAGUCGUGUUUAUAUUCAUCCGAAUCUAUUUUAUCGAUUGUCAAUAGACUAAAAUGCACAAUUGUAAUGUUAAAGAUUUCUUCCGUGAAAUUCUCAAGGCUUGAUCAAUCUGUCUUUCGAUGAUAAAAAUGAUAAAAGAUUUUACUAUUGGUUACACCAGCGGUUGUGUGUUACAGAUAAAUGAUAACUCUUAUCUGUCGACAAUAUGCCUAAAAAAAUUGCGGAAGAAAUGUUAACCAAGUGAACGGUACAAUUACAGUUAUAUGUAUCUAAUAUUUUUUUAUAAAUGUUUAUUAAAUAUGGUUGUAACUAUAAUCCGUGGUUGUAAUAAUAUUCCAUAUUCUCAUCACGAGCUUGAUAUAUGUAAUAAAGGAUGUGAUCACUAA